UGGCCGUUGGAUCUAAAACGCAUCGGUGAAAUCCCCCGUCCAGUCUAUUACCACGGGAGGCCCGGUCGCCGGAGAUCCACCCGCCGUCGCCCCCACUCCCCGGCACGCGAGAAACCACGCCGCCUUCUCCUCGGUGACCUCCCCUCGCCUCGUCUCCUCGUUGAGACCGGAGAAGGUGGAGGGCGCGGACCCCUGAGGCGGAACCAGCGAGGUGCGAUCCCCCCUACAUCGGAGGCUGCGGCGGCGCUGAUGGCGCAUGAACGAGGUGGCGCUGCGUCGUCGGCUGCGGGUCCCGCCUCCGAGGAGGAUGCGCUGUUUAUUGACUUACUACAUGAAGCUCCCCUAUCCAGUCAUCGAGAGCCUAGAAGCAUUGUUGGUGGCACCUUAUACUGUAUCUUGUUGGCAGGUUAUGCAGCUGUGGCAGUGUCAGCUCCAUGGAUAUUUUACCUUGUACCAGAUAUGAUCCCUCCAUUGCUAUGCAGCUCCAACGUUAUCCUUCUGGUUCUAACAGGUAUUUUUCAACAAUAUUGGGUUCACCAGGUCAGAAAAGUGAGAUUGCAGGGAUAUUAUGAUUUUAGUGAGAAACUGAAGCGUAUUGCUCGACUUCCAUUUGCCACCAUUGCUAGUGGCAUUGCUUCGAUGCUCUUAAUUGUAGUCUGGCAACCUCUUGUACAGAUACUAUCAGUUUCUCUAUUGCUAAGGAUUACUAUUGUGGUUGAAUCUGUGUGUGCUGGAUGUUUUGUGAGCUUAUACUUAUGGCACAUCCACAAAUACAACUCUUUGAAUGGGCGCCCUGACAUCUUGCGGUCUUUGUAUUCUGCACUCCAACCAUCUAGUACUUCGGAAGAUCGAAGGUAUUAUGAUGGUCGUCUUUCUGACCAGCAAAUGGCACUGCUUCAGUACCAAAGGGAGAAUAUUCAUUACCUGAGUGAGGAGGUGCUCCGCCUGCAAGAAUGCUUAAGCAAAUACCAGAGAACUGAUGUUGGGAGCACUCCUCAGGCCGAUCUUGCCCAUCUAUUAGCAUCACGUGAUCAAGAACUGCGAGCACUCUCCGCCGAGAUGAAUCAAGUGCAUUCAGAGCUUCAACUUGCACGUGGUCUGAUUGAUGAAAAGGAUUCAGAAAUCCAGCGCAUUCGUGUGAGCAACAAUCAGUAUAUUGAAGAAAAUGAUAGACUCAGAGCUAUUCUUGGAGAAUGGAGCGCUCGAGCAGCAAAGCUUGAAAGAGCACUGGAGGCAGAGCGAAUAUCAAGCAUCGAAUUACGAAAGAACAAUGCAAAAUUACGAGGGCAGACUUACAAGGAGCAGAACACCUGAUUUCCCUUGUUUUCAGGAUAUAUUCAUCUAUUGUCAUGAAUGAGCAGGUUUAUCAACUCUUCGACUGCUAAAGGUGCUACCUGUUACAUCCUUCAAUUCCGAACCUAAGAAGACAACAAAGUCCGGUUUCGCUAACAAAACAAGGUACAAGACCAGCGUAAUCCGAGAUGCAUCAAGCAAAGGAAAAUGCCGACUGCACCUCUCCUGUGAAUGUACAGUUUGAUGUUUGUAAAUGUUGCAAGGGAGCAUAGUGCAGCACUUGUUUUGUGUGCUUCUAGCUGAUGCUUCUACAGUGACAUCUUAUCAUGGAAAGAGUUUCGCACCACUUGCGAAAUGAAAAUUGACCCAUUGCAUUUGUGCUUAAGCCCACCCCCACCCUCCAAAAAAGGUAUCAGACGGCAGACUUUGAGACAAUCACUAAAAAAUUCUCAUGAGUUAAGUGUUUACUCCGAUGAGAGACAUGGGCAAUGAUAUCUUUUUAUCUCCUGGGUAUUGUAUUUGGCUGGUUAUCCAUUUUUUUUAAAAAAAAUGCGUGAUAUGCGA